AUAUCUCAGCCAUUCAACGAGAUACCCAGAUAUGCCUGCUUCGCAGCUGAAACGCCUAAAGGCAUCACUGCGGGAACAAGGCAUCACAGGUCCUCAAAAAUCGAAAAAGCAGAAAAAGUCCCAACAUGCAUCGGGCGACAAAGCCACCGCCCAGCGCGUCCAGCGUGGCGCCGCUCUGCAACAGAUUCGCGAGUCUUUCAAUCCCUUCGAAUACAAAGCAGCAAAUACUGGUCGGCCGGACAAAUUCGUUUCGGCGUCACAGUCGAACAUUAAUGGCACGAAAGGCGGCAAAUACAAAGACAUCCUCCAUCGCCCUGGUGUGAGCAAAAGCAAUGGUGAAGCGAUGCGCCGCGCGACCCUCUUGCCAGAGUUGCAGCGCAGGAAUAAAGUUGGAGGUGUAGUCGAUCGCCGAAUCGGCGAGGGCGAUGUGGACAUGACCCCGGAGGAGCGCGCAGCUAUGCGAUUUGCGAAAGAGAAGGAGAAUCGUCGCAAGGGCGCAAGCCUCUUUGACCUCGAGGCGAGUGACGACGAGCGCGGUGGUUUUGGUGGCGGUCUGACGCAUGGCGGGAAACGUAUUGAAGACCUUGAGGCAGACGACUUUGAUGAGCAGGUCUCUCAUGGGUCUGACGAAGAUGAGGGUGAUGACGGGGAGUUGUUCCGCAAGAAGAGGCCUCGGGAUAUUGAAGACGAUGAUGGCACGGAGCCGGCGGACACCGCACAAGAUGACGAGCAGCCUGAGCGGAAAAGGUCCAAGAAAGAGAUCAUGCAAGAGGUGGUUGCAAAGUCCAAAAUGUACAAAUACGAGCGACAGAAAGUCAAGGAGGACGACGACGAUUUGCGGGAGGCUCUAGACAAGGACAUGGGAGACGUGCUUUCUUUGCUAUACGGAGUCAAACAACCAAAGCCUGCUGCCAAGCCCGUCAGCUCAAGUGCGGAGGAUGCCGGGCCAAAGAUCAACCCUGAGCGGCAGAAACUUCUCGAUGGCAUGGACCGCGCCAAGGUCGACAGAGAUUAUGACGUUCGAUUAAAGCAGCUCGCGCUGGACACUCGAGCGAAACCAUCAGAUCGAUCAAAGACUGCUGAAGAGAAGGCCGCAGAUGAAGCUGAACGGUUGCGCAAGCUGGAGGAGAAGAGACUGAAACGUAUGCAGGGCGAAGACGUCUCUGACGAUGAACGACAAAUCAAAGCCGUGGAGGAAGCAGGUCCCGACGAAGAUGAUUUCGAUGAAGCGGUCGACUUCGGAUUCACAUCGAGCAAUGUGAAAAGCAAGGCGACAGAUGCUCUCGUGCUUGACGACGAAGAUGAAUUUGCGUUGGACGAGGAUCUUAUUGCGAGCGGGUCUGAGGCAGGCCUCAGUGACAUUGACUCUGUGGACGAAAGCGACGAUGAAUCCGACGACAGCGAAGGCCGAGCUCCUGCGGAAGAUGAAGAGGAUGAGUUCAUUCGUGACAUUCUGGGCGACGACAUGGUCAAGGCUGCAGGCAGCAAAAAGGCCAACGGUGUGGCCACUGGAUCUAACACUGCUGGAAUCGCUUACACAUAUCCUUGUGCUCGGAAUCACGCAGAAUUUCUCGAGAUUGUUGGGCCGCUUCCAGCGGAUCAAUUGAUCACCGUCAUCCAACGCAUUCGAGCUUUGUACCAUCCAUCCCUCUCUGCCACCAACAAAGACUCGAUGGCGGAUUUCUCCUGCGCGCUUGUCGAUCAUCUCUCAUACAUGGCAUUAGAAGGUCAACCGAUGACUAUUGCUGAGCAGGUCAUUCGACAUUUACACUCGCUCUCCCGCACGUAUCCCUCGCAGAUUGCGAAUGCUUUCCGCAAGCACCUGGCGGCUUUCCACGAAAGAGGGCAGCCGACGGCGGGCGAUCUCAUGAUACUGACUGCCAUUGGCUCCAUCUACCCAACUAGUGACCACUGGCAUCAGGUCGUCACGCCUGCAAUCACAUUGAUGGCAAAGUGGCUAAGCCUCAACAACCCUGCUCCCGGCGCUAAUGAAGAUGACAAGUCGAUGGGGACUGGUGCUUUCCUCGUGGCACUAUGCUUAAAAUACCAGACCCUCAGCAAACGCUACAUCCCCGAAGUUGUUCGCUAUCUUGAGCGUCUCUUCACGGCUGCAAGCACUGAAGCUACCCUCAGCCUCGAUCCACAUAUCGAAAACCUCCUCACGGCCGCCGACAUGUACCACGACAAAUCCGCCUUCGUCCAAACUUUCACUCCAUUCCUCUCUCUCCUCAAACGCCUCAACCUCCGCAAACCCCACGCACGCCUCACCCUCCUAAUCAGUACCGCCCGCCUGAAUCUCCGACCCCUCGAGCUCCACCACCACCGUCCCCUGCCCAUCCGCAUGAGCAUCCCCAAAUUCGAAGAAUCCUUCAACCCAGACAAACACUAUGACCCCGACAAAGCACGCUCCGAUGGCAAGAAACUCCAGGCCGAGUACAAGCGCGAGCGCAAAGGUGCCCUCCGGGAACUCCGCAAGGACGCAAACUUCGUCGCCCGCGAACAGCUCCGUGAGAAGAAGGAACGUGACGUCGAGUAUGAGAAGAAGUACCGCAGACUUGUCGCUGAGGUGCAGAACGAGGAGGGCGCCGCGAGUAGGGAGUAUGAGAGGGAGAAGAGGGCGAGGGAGAGGUCGAAGAAGAAAUAGUAGUGUUGCUGAUGAGUUGAAUGGUGUAAAUAGAUCAGAGUACGACACGAAAUUCUGUAAUGUAAGAUUUUCAUGUUCAUGCCGUAUGCACCAUGGACUCACGCCCGCUGUAAGGAGGCUGGUGAAGGUCUGCGCAGACUGCAUCUAUGCUCCCGGAAUCUCUCAAUCCUGAAUCGCGACACUUCGAUGUGACAAACAACAUUAGACAUGUCGUCAAUCGAGGGAUAAGCGACUACUUGGGUAUACCACCGUUCGAGGAUGGCAACCCAUGUUCAGCCGGUAUUUCCUUCACUUUAUUGACUCCAUUGUCGGCUGCACUCCCUGAUGGUAAUUCCAGCAACAGAGCAUAGUCUUGAUAAGUUCUUCUCUCAUCCCA